AUGUCCCAACCUUCCCAAUCACAAGAGCUUGGCGAAGAUGAAGAGCAAGAGUUUCAAAUGACAGGCCCCCUCCUUGUGAACAAACUCCAAGAAUCUGGAAUCCAUCCAAACGACAUUAAGAAACUCUCAGAGUUCGGUCUGAACACCGUCGAAUCUGUAGCGUUUACACCGAAGAAGGUGCUGCUGACCAUCAAAGGGAUAUCUGAACAAAAAGCGGAUAAGAUUCUUGCUGAAGCACACAAGAUCGUGCCUCUUGGGUUUCAAAGUGCCACAGAGGUUCAUGCGCGUCGCUCAGAGCUAGUACAUAUUACUACCGGAUCGAAGCAGCUCGAUGCUCUCCUCGGAGGUGGGAUAGAAACUGGUGCAAUUACGGAACUUUUUGGCGAGUUUAGAACAGGAAAAUCGCAAUUGUGCCAUACACUCGCCGUAACAUGCCAGCUUCCCGUUAACAUGGGAGGCGGAGAAGGCAAAUGCUUAUACAUCGAUACCGAAGGCACUUUCCGUCCAGUCCGUCUUCUUGCCGUCGCCGAGAGAUACGGGCUUAAUGGGGAGGAAGUGCUGGAUAACGUUGCAUAUGCACGAGCAUACAAUGCUGACCAUCAAAACGCCCUGCUAACCAGUGCUAGUGCCCUGAUGUCAGAGUCAAGGUGGGAUAAAUUCGCUAUUAUUUGCAUGUAUAGUGCAUUGAGCUCUCCUGCUGGUCGUGGGGAACUGUCAUCAAGGCAAAACCAUCUGGGCAAAUUCUUACGCACCCUGCAACGCCUCGCAGAUGAGUUUGGAAUCGCAGUUGUAGUGACGAAUCAGGUCAUGUCGAGUCCUGAUGCGGCUGCUGGCCCCUAUGCUGGCAAUGAGAAGAAACCGAUUGGUGGCAACAUCAUGGCUCAUGCGUCUACCACUCGACUUCAAUUGAAGAAAGCACGAGGCAACACACGUUCAUGUAAAAUUUACGAUUCCCCAUGCUUACCAGAGUCCGAAACGCACUUUGCCAUUCUGGCGACUGGAAUUGGCGAUCCUGAGGAGGAGACUUGA